AAAUGAUUCAUAUGUGGACUUCUCUUUAGUGGUUAUGAUUACAAAAGCCCAGUUCUUACAUAGCCUCAGCUUGUUUCCAUUUUCGCUCUCACACCAAUCAGAAAUCAGACAAUGGCAGAAGAGUCGUCGCGUGGCAGCCUGAAGCGCUCCUUUGUCGACGACGAUGAAUCAAACAAACCACCGCCGGAGAAAAGGGUGAGGUUUCCGAAAGGUAAGAAGAUAAAAGGGGGAGAUUUUGUUAGGGAUGAAGGUGGUGAAGAUAUUCCUAAAUUUAAGGAUCCUAAGUCUGCAGCCAGUGAUCGGGCUGUUCGUCGCAGUAAGAAUACAACAGAGCUUUUUAUUGAUGAAAACAAUGAUUUUGUACCUGACAUAAAAAGAGCAGAAGUCCAGUACAAGAACAAUGAACCUUUCGUUGAAGAAGGUGUUGAACUGGAACCAUUUAACCUGGACAAGGAGAGAGAAGAAGGGUACUUUGAUGAAAACGGGAAUUAUGUCGAAUACAUGAUGCAGAAUGAGAUCAAGGACGCGUGGCUUGACAGUGUUGAUGUUUAUGAAAAGUUUGAUGGAAAGAGCUCGAUUUCCACGAGUAAUGAUGAGCCACGCGAUCUUGCUACCGACGAGCUUGCAGAAAUCAAUCGGAGGAUUGCUGAUGUUCUUGAGCCUGGGGAGACGGUUUUGCGAGCUUUGAGGAGGUUAAAGGGUUCUACUGAUAAGAAGCAAAAAAUGUCCGCUCAAACUAAACAGCAAUUUGAUCAGCUAACUGAAGAUGCCAUGAAAUUGAUGGAGAAUGGAGAUUACGAUGUGUACGAGGAAAAACGAGAACAUUUUGAGCGAGAAGCAGGUGUGUUCUGUUGCCUUGCUAAUGAGAUCUCUUUGACAUUCAAUGAUAUGAUUGCAUCUGAGGGUUAUGAGAAAUUAGUGAAAGCAAGGAAGCAAGGUAUCUCAGGAACUUCAGUUCAGGAGGAAUCAGGUGAUAUUUUUGACAUGUUUGGGGAUAAUGAUGGUAGCGCCCCUGAGAAUCCUGCCACUAAUGGGAGUGGAUCAGCCUCUGUUCUGCAACCUGAGAGUGGAGAACCACAAAAUGAUUAUGUGUACGAUGAGUCUUCUGGGUAUGCCUCUUUUCAUGUCAAUUUUACUCUUUGGACGAUGCACAAUCUCAAGUUAGCUGUAGGCUUUCGAUAUUACUACAGCAGCAGUUCGGGUUAUUACUAUGAUCCUUCUUCUGGGUUGUACUGUUGCGCAGCUUCUGGGAAAUGGUAUGCUUAUAAUGAAGAAUCAGGGACAUAUGACGAGGUCCAACAGGACACCAGUGUAGCCGAGGCAAGUUAGAAAAGACUGGGUGUUGAAUGACAACUUGUAUCUCAUAAUACUUUUUACACAACAGGUUUGUUCAUAGGCCUUGACCGAAUGGUGUUUUAAUCUUAAAAAUUUAUCAUGUUGUCUGUUAUGAAAUGAUGUUUGCAAUGGUUCCUGUGAAGAUGGGUUCAGAUAUUUGAUUUUGCUUUGCUGUUUGAAGAAUUAAUUCUGGUCGAUUUUGGUUUCCAUGCAUUUGAAAAUAUUUCAUUUGGUCAUCCACAGACCGCUGUCUGAUACACAGUGAGACAUUGUUAAGAGUAUCAUUCACUAGACAAUCUAAACUGACAAGGUGGC